AUGGGAAAAAGAAAGUCGUCUGCAAAUCAUGAAAAAUCUGAGCCAGUACUUAAAAAGGAAGUGAAAACAUUGGACUCCUCGGACAAUGAGAGCGAAAAUGAUGCCGAUGAAACUGCCGUUUCUAUCAACUAUGAGCCAGAUAAAAUGCGUCUUUUGAUUGAUUCAUUCACGGAAUUCGUUGAAAAGAAUGACAGCAUCUAUAAAUGUGUGUCAAACUUAGAAAAAAUGGUGACUGAGUGGGUUGAUUCGCGAAAAGACGAUAAAGAAAGCGUUCCAGUGGAUAUUACUACGUUCUGUGCUGACUAUAAAAAGUACAUGAAGCUCGCGAUAAAGUUCACAAAUUUACAUAUAUCCGAUUGCUCGAAGUUAACUUUAAAGUUCCUAAAUGAUCCGAAAUGCCUGAAACAUUUCAAAGAUUUUCCACGAGCUCCAAGCAAACCAAUUAACGUCUACAUGAAAAUGAAACAGAUUUCCGCACAGGUUAAGGAUAUGAAAGUUGUCUAUGAUACGUUUAAAAAUGAGACACCUGAUGUCACGGAAAAGGUGAAAAAAGAAGUUUUUCUCGAGCAGGAGCGCCGCCUUGAGGAAAUGAAGAAGUUCUUACAAAAUCAUCCUCUCCUCACUUUUGAACAAGUGUCGCAUUUGGAAUCGAAAAUCAAAUCGGUGUCAAAACGACUGCACCCAAACACUGUUGCUCAGCGCACCCCGGCCAAAAAGAAGAAGGAAGCUCCAACUCCGUUCUCAUUGUGGUGCAGAUCGAAAGCAUUAAAAUAUGCCGAUUUGCCAGAGGAAGAGCGUAUGGCAAAGCUUGAGAAGAAGUUUAAGAAGAUUUCUGACGCCGAACUUCGAUUGUUGGAAGAUCUCGCAAUGACUGUCUAA